AACCCUUCAGUCUCACGAUGCGUCCCUAUAUCACUCUCUCCAUCACACUUUUUUUCUAUAUCAAUGUUCCUGUAUUGCACUAUUCUUUUCUCCCUGAAUCUCUCUUCCUCUAUCGUAGUCUCUUUUUCAUCUUCCUCUCUCCUCACAUCUCUCGCCUUCCCUGUAUCUUCCUCUCACUAUCUCUUUACCUCUUUCCUAUAUAACUCUUUCUUUCCAUCUCCUUGUAUCUUUUUUCCCUCCACCAUACUUUCUUUUUCUGCUUGUAUCUUCUCCCCAGUAUCACUCUCGUCUCUCUAUCUCUCUCACUUCCUGCAUGUCUCUUCGCCUCUCCCUGUACAUCUCCCCCCACCUCCCUAUCUCAUUCCCUUUACUGUAACUCCUCUCUCUCCCUGCAUCUCUCUAUUCCCGAGUCUCUCUCUCUCUUUGCCCUGCUGACGUCUGUCUAUUUGCCUCUCCCCCUCCGCCGUUCUCAGUUUUUCCGCUGCCGGUCUCCUGGGGUCAGUCCGUUUGAUUUCCUCGGCUCCUUAAGGUAGUGCUGAACUACCUCUCUCCGCACCCUUUGGCGUUGUUUCAGCUUCGCCGUCGAGCUCCUACUGCAAGGACCGCUGCCGCCACUGCCUCCUCUUCUCUCUCAUCCCGGCCGCAGGUUUUUUGACUGAGAAGUAUCAACCUGUCUUCAGACCUCUGACGAAGCAUUCCUCCUCAAGGGCCCACCAGCAGAUUGCAGAGCACUUUCCUGGAAAUAAAAGAGAGAGAAAAUUGUCCUGUUGAAUAAACUGUGACAAUGUCAACAAACAACAUAGCUCAAGCAAGGAAAAUGGUGGAACAGUUAAGGAUUGAAGCUGGCAUUGAGAGGAUCAAGGUAUCAAAGGCAGCUGUAGAUUUGAUGAACUACUGUGAACAGCAUGCAAGGAAUGACCCAUUGCUUGUUGGAGUCCCAGCCUCUGAAAACCCCUUCAAGGAUAAAAAACCUUGCACCAUUCUAUAGCUGCUACCAGCCAUCUUUUCUCAAACUGACCACAGCAUCAGAGGACCUGCCAAGAAUUUCUAUUGGUAAUCAGACCUUGAGGAGCAAACGCAGCUUCUGAAAUGCAGGACUGCUGUGGAAAUGUGCUAUAAAAAUAGGGGAAAAAAAAGUUGGAUUCUGUUUGUUUGUCAGCUAAACAUGUUUCUGGAAGUGAAGGAAAGAAGAUAUUAUGGGGAAUAGAAAUGGAAAAUGAUUGCCAUUUUGGACUUCUAUGAUAGAUUUUCUGAUUGUAAUAUUGAGAUCUUAGGUUUAGAAAAAACUCGGCAAGGAUAUUUUUGCCUAAAAAUUCUUUUUAAAAAAUUAAAGGUUUAUGUAUAAAGAGUGUACAUUUGGAAGAUGAUGAUAUAGUUUGGGCAAUAACAUUAAGCAAAGGGAGCAAUUGGCUGCUUUCAUUGCAUUUUUAAAUGUCACAUUGUUCAUCUUUAUUGUCAUUAGUAGUGUAGUUUUACUUAUUCCAUCUUUUAAAUUUCAUAUUUACACUACCAAAGUACUUGCCAAGGUAACCAAUGUAAAUAAUCAAUAUUUUAUUCAUUUUUCUUCGUCUGUUUUCUUAAUAAGACCUGCUAGUUACAACUUAACCAUAAAAAAGCCCAAACUGUAGAAUAAUUUACAAUUAUUUGUGCUAAAAUGUAUUAGGUAAAAUUGAAAUUUGUGAGUUUAGCAGAUGCAAAUAUUUCAUACCCUCAGAAGCAACACCAGUGGGCCCCAUGCAACUCACAUGGCAUGCAUGUGGAUGUAGGCAACUUGUUUCUCCUAUCUCUGAGCAUUAAACUGACUUUAUUGCCAUGAGAGUAUAUGCACAUCGUCUUUGAUGAACCUAAACUAAUCUGUAUUAUAAUUAAACAUAAAAUGUUUCACUAAGUCAUGCUGCUAAUUUUAAAACUUCGAGAAAUCAUGCUUAUUGAAUUUUUAUUUGAAGCUUAAAUUCUGAUCUAGUAUUUGUGGUAUUGUUCUCAUUAUGCACUUACAAUAAUGAGAAAAGAAUCUCCUCUGUGGUACGACAGCUGCAGAUUGAUAAAAUUUCUGGAAUGUCAAUUUAAAACUAAAGCAAAGAUUAAGAAAGAAAUAUUUGCCCAAAUAUCAAGUGAGCCAUUGCUCUUCACUUGUCCUUGUUCAUAACAACAAACCCCUUGAGGAUUACAAACUGUUGUCGCGUGCCAAAAUCCAUCAAAUUGCCAAGUAAUUUAUGACAUAGAGAAGUGUUAGAAAACUUUAGAAACCACAAUUAUUUUUAAAAUUUUGUUAUUGUAUUGAAAGACAAGUGUAAAACAUUUGCCAAGACUUUUGUUUAAUGUCUUUAAACAGGUUGCAUGUGCAUUGUACUUCCAGCUGCCUCGCGUUGUUGCCUUUUAUUCUCAGCUGUUCAGCGUUAGUUAAGCUUGCCAUGAAUUUAGUUAAAACCUUUUCUUGAACCACAUCAUCUCACCAAGAAUACCAUCAUAAAUUUCAUUACAAGUUACUUAUUAUGAAUUGCUAUUUACAGAUGUCUGAAUACAAAAUGAAGAGGAUCAUUUCUCAAACCAAAAUUCUUAAAGCAUUUGAAAAUGUAGUUGUGCAAUAUAAAAUUCUGAAAAGCUGUUAUUUAGGUAACCGAAGUAGAGACAUGUGGUUUGUGGUGACAUAUAGAUUUUUGCAGUAUACAGUCUUGUGGUACCAUGUCAACCCUUCCACAUGUGCUUCCCUCCACUUUUAACUCCCUUUCUUUUACAGUGCCUUUUUAUUUGCAGAACAGAAAAAAAAUCUUUUGUUAGCAGUACAAAUUGCAGUAUUUUCUUUAUCAUGCCAAUUGAAUACCUGUACAUUGAAAGCGCACCAUAAGGACACUUAACUGCAGGAGAAAUUAACAUUUGUGAAUCUGUCAACAUUUCAUAAUUUCAUAAGCUGUUGAUUGAGAUGUAUUCCAAAAUUUUUUGAUUUUACUGACACUGAUUAAAAAAAUCCUAUUGAGAGUGUAUGUUC